AUGAAGUUAUUUUCGGCAGACGUUGUUAAAUUGGAAGACGAGAAUAUCGUUGGAGGGAUCGAUGCUAAAAUUGAAGAUUACAAAUAUCAAGUAGUUGUAUUGCACUUGAUGAAAAUUUGGUGCGGCGGUAGCAUAAUAACAAAGAAGGAUGUUCUCACUGCAGGACAUUGCGUUCGUCUUUCUUACAGGCCUUUGAGCAUCCGCGCUGGAAGUUCCUUUUGGUUUAAGGGUGGAAGUUUGCAUGAAGUCAGCUCUAACUUUACAUAUGGACAAUUUCAAAGUACUGAUAUUGGUAUUUUGCGUCUCAGGCAGCCAUUUGUUUUUGAUAAUACGCGCCAACCGAUACCACUGGCAAAUCCUAAGACAGUGCUAAAACCAGGAUCAUUAGCGGUUGUAAGUGGUUGGGGUACUAAUGAUUUGCACGAAUAUCCUGAUCAGUUGCAAAUCGUGAAGGUGCCACUUGUUGACAAGAACAUUUGUAAGAAAGUUUUUAUCGGUACAAGCAUUGGAAAUGUAACCGAUAGUCAAUUGUGCGCGGGCAUAACAAGUAAAGACUCGUGCCAAGGCGACUCAGGCAGUCCCCUUGUUUACAAUGGUGUGCAAAUUGGAAUUGUCUCCAAGGGUAUCGGAUGCGGCUUGGCCAAAUACCCCGGUAUUUAUUCCGACGUCAGCUAUUUCUAUGAUUGGAUUAUGAGUACGAUAUCAGCGGAUAAAGAAUAAAUAAGUUAUCAUUUCGAAUCAUUAAAUAAGUAUUAGGUAUUAUCAUUUUCAUUACUUAUGUGUCAUUUAUUUCUUGAUAUAUCUAUAAACUUAUUAAGCUCAUUAGUUAACAAAAAUA